AUGUCACAACAAGUCGUCCAACAACAACAAGAACAAAAACAGCAGGAUAACGACGAUCCUCCCCCGUCCCAGAAGGGUACUAUCGCCACUACUACAAAAACAGUUUCACAGCUCAAGGUUGACACCGAACUCUCCUCAACCCCCUCCUCCUCAUCUCCACGCCCGCCACCCCCUCUACCGAGCACUAGUCGCCCAACUUCGCCCGUCAGCAGGAAACGGACCGAAAAUCUCGACAGCUACGAUCCAUCCCUCUCCGCCAAGGACCAAGGUUUCCUAAGCAGCUCCCAGAAUGGAACCUUUCCUCCCUCGAAAAAGUCAAAGACUUCGUCUCCGCCGCUCCUCUCACCCAGACUCUCGCAGGCCAACAUGUCCGAGUACAGAUCCACUCAGGAAUCUCCUCUCUCCCCUCAGACUUCGCCGAUCAUCGAACCAUAUCUCGAUGAUGCCGAUACCGGAACAUUUCCGGUCCUCGACAUUCGCUCUCCUCCAGUUUUGGUCAGGGCGCGCACAAUGGAAGAUAUGAAGUCAGUACUACCUGUUCCUUUAACUCGACACGGCUCCUCGAUUCUCGACAGUAUGGCAAAAUCAAGCGAGACCGCGAUCGGAAACCUGACACUGGGCACCUCUUCCUCCACAGGACGGACACACCUCACAGAACGCGCCAUGGGAGUCAUCACUAGUAACCCCAGUAGCCGGCAAGGAAGCCCCGCCGUCGCGAUGAAGAGCCGCGAGACUACUCCAAUGAUGGUCGAGGAUGAACACCACCUAGCCCUCCACAGCAGCCAGCAAUACGCUUCGACAUCAGGAUUCCCUCAACGAUACCCAAACCAUGUAUUGGAAGCCUCGCCGAGCCCAAGUGACUGCACAUCCAGUUCAGAGGAAGCCCGAAACCUCACAGAGAUAUUGGCAGAUACAGUGGCGACGUAUUGUUCAGACUCAGACGAUGACUACACACCAGACGCUGAUACGACGGUAGAUGACUUCAGCAACAGAGUGGAUUCAUCCUCUGGCGAGGAAGACGACGACGACAGCUUUACAGAGAUUGACGCCGACAACAUUAACGUACUUGAUGCACCCUACAUCGAGCCAUUCUUUUCUCAGUUUGGUGGCCGUUGCAGUCCUGAUGACUAUGUGAGCAACGAGCUUACUGACGACCAUGUAGAGAUGAUUAUCGAGGAAGCUCGAGCAUAUGGUAUCUUCACUGACAACGUCGAUAUGUGCAUUGAUCGCGUCAUUGGACGAUAUAUUAUGGGUAACAUCUUCUCAGUGAGUCAGCUCCUAGCGGCAUUCAAUCCAGAUCUUAACACCGACGGUGACGAGUGGACUGAACGGAAGCUGAUGAUGAAGUUGACAGAGGAGCUGCUAGUUGCCCUUCGCAGGAAACGGCUGACUAACAUUCAUACCUUGGAACAAGUGGUUCAGCUGCUUCGAGACUCCAAGCGGAUUAUGGUCCUCACAGGCGCCGGCGUGUCGGUCUCUUGCGGCAUUCCCGACUUUAGAUCUCCCGACGGUAUCUAUUCACGGCUUCAGGAGUUCAACCUUCGGGAUCCGCAACAAAUGUUCGACCUCUCUUUCUUCAAGAGGCGACCCGAGAUCUUUUACUCUUUCGCGAGGGAGAUCUUUCCGAGUAACUUUAUACCAAGUCCGUCACACAGCUUCAUCAAACUUUUGGAGGACAAGGGCAAGCUGCUUCGGAACUACACCCAAAACAUUGACACGCUAGAACAACGAGCCGGCAUCCAAAAAAUCCUGCAGUGCCAUGGAUCGUUUGCGACCGCCAGUUGCUUGCGCUGCCGUCGUCAGGUCCCAGGAGAUGACAUCAAGGAGGCGAUCUUUAAUCAGGAAGUGGCAUACUGCACAGUCUGCCCGCCACCAAGCCCAUCCGACUUUGCUCCAAAGUUUAGGGAGGCGUAUUACUCUUCUGAUGAAGAAUCUGACUCGGACUCGGACGACUCUACUUUUAGUGCACCACCACCUCCACCUCUGAUGAAGCCCGAUAUCAUCUUUUUCAAGGAGCAGCUCACGUCAGUUUUCCAUGACUGUCUGGACGAGGAUCGGGACCAAGUCGAUUUGCUUAUUGUCAUGGGAACCAGUCUCAAGGUUGCUCCUGUCAACAGCAUUAUCGAUGCGCUCCCGGCUGGCAUUCCGCAAAUCCUGAUCAACCGGACGCCUCUUACGCACAUGGAGUUUGAUGUUCAACUGUUGGGCGACAGUGAUACCAUUGUGGCGGAGCUUUGCAGGAUGGCAGGAUGGGAAUUGAAGCAUGAGAAACUGCCUGACGGUACGUCUAACGUGCUAGACAUGGACAGCAACACCAAUCUCGAUGGAUCGGGCAAGGGAGGUCGCGCACACUGGGAGCAUUUCGAGCCUUAUACGUACGUUUUUGAAGGCGGCAGUCUCGAAGACAUUGAAUACGAGGUCAUGCUUGCACAGAUCGCUCAGCAGGGUCUCUCACGAGACCUUGAUAUGUUCAGAGAAAGCGAUGGCAGUGAUGCGGACGAUGAGGGCCUAGACGCGAGUACACACUUUCAAGGAACGCGUUUUGGAAGUGUAGAUCCUAUGGAGACCGAUGAGAGUCAGGGCACUGUUCGUGGAUCUCUGUCUUCUGUGAGUGAGGCGAUGGGAGGUGGGGGAAUUCAUCCAGACACGACAACAGGAACGACGGAACCACGGUCAGGAGACUUGGCGGAGAUCCACUUGGCGCAUCCUGAAGACCCAUUUGCAUCGCAAGAUUACUCUCAGCGGUUACUAUCGGAUGAUGAGGCAGAGAUCAUUGACAAGUACACAGAGAAGAUGCCUCGCGACAUGUGUGAAGGACGAUCGAUGUCUAUUUCGGACGGGCCACACGAUUCGACAGCGACUGGUCAUGGUCAGGAGUUUGAGAAUAGCUUCAUGCUUGAACACCGAUCGGAUGCAGAGCUUCGCGCGAUUAUGGAGGAUCCGCUUUUGGAGGAGGAACAGGAAGGAAAGAGAGAGAGCGAUGACAGUGAUAAUGAGACGUUGUCCUUUCAUACGCCCAAUGGCUCGUUCCAGGCGCCCGGUUUUCUUGGAUCGCAGUCGGUGCUGCGUCUGGAGGAGGAUGACGAGGAUCUGGCAGGUCUCUCGCAACAAAGUUUCCACGAAGCCGAUCUGUUUUCUCAAUAG